AAUAGUGUGAGCCCAUCUGGAGGCAGAGCCUGCAGGCAGAGGGGACCGGGACAACAGGAGCCUCUGAAGCAGGCCUUGGACUUGGGGACCUGGCGAGCUUGCUGCCUCUGAGCUGACAUCGGGAUGUGAGCACCCUGGAAUCCCAUGCCCACCAUGACUCCUGUACCUGCCACCCUCGGGCCAGGCCUGUGCCUGCAGCAGAGUGAGGCCCGUCCAGCUUGGAAACCUGGAGGUUCCAGCUCAGCACCUGGAGGCGGCCCCCCUCCCCCAGCUGUCAGUCUGACCAGGCGGGGGCCAGAGGAGCCUCAACACAGUGAGACAGCCAGAGCAGGCCAGAGGCAAGAGACCCCAGGAGACAGCGAAGAUCAGAGGCAAGAGGCCCCAGGAGUAGAGGCGGCAGCCGAAGCAGCAGGACCAGGACACCGUGUGGCCAGGCGGGUGAGGCUCGGCCAGGAUGCUGCUGGGCCAGCUCUGGAGAGCUAUCAGCAAGGAGCUGUUUGCUGAGUUCCUGGCCACAGGGCUGUACGUGUUCUUCGGUGUGGGCUCCAGUCUGCCCUGGCCCUCGGCGCGUCCCACCAUGCUACAGACCGCCAUCACCUUCAACCUGGUCACGGCCGUGGCUGUGCAGGUCACCUGGAAGGCCAGUGGGGCCCACAUCAACCCUGCUGUGACGCUGGCCUUCCUCGUGAGCUCCCAAAUCUCCCUGCCCCGUGCCGUGGCCUAUGUGGCUGCUCAGCUGACGGGGGCCAUUGUGGGGGCCUCAGUGCUUUAUGCGGUCAUACCAGGAGACAUCCAAGAGACCCUUGGGAUUAACAUGGUCCAGAGCAACGUUUCAACUGGCCAGGCCGUGGCAGUGGAGCUGGUUCUGACCCUGCAGUUGGUGCUCUGUGUUUUUGCUUCCACCAACAACCGUCAAGCAUCGGGCUCCCCAGCUAUCGUGAUUGGGAUCUCUGUGGCAUUGGGCCAUCUCAUUGGGAUCUACUUCACCGGCUGCUCCAUGAACCCGGCCCGCUCCUUCGGCCCCGCCAUCGUCGUUGGGAAGUUCACGGUCCACUGGAUAUUCUGGGUGGGACCCCUGACAGGAGCUGUCCUGGCUUCGCUGAUCUACAACUUUAUCCUGUUCCCUGACACCAGAACCAUGGCCCAGCGACUGGUCAUCCUCAUGGGCACUGAAGAAGUAGAGAAAAUGACAGGGGUGGAGCCCGAGAAGAAAGAAUCCCAGUGCAGUUCAGGGGAUACUGAAAUGGGGAAUGCAUGUCAGGUGGUAUAGAACUUGGCCUCCACCUUCCGGCUUCUGAGAGGCGCCCUUUAGGUGGGUAGCAUGCCUCGUAGAACUAGACUUCAGGUUUUACAAGGAAAGCGAGGUUGGGGGUGGAUGAGGGCAGGAAAGACGGGGAGGCUUGGCCUCUUGUCCUAACAGGGUGGGCAGGGAAUGCCACUCCCUAUCCCUGGCAUUAUAUUUCUGGAUAGAAAGAAUCUGGGGAGCAAAUCUGUUCAGUUUCCUCCUCCUACAUCUCUUAAUGGGACAGAGCAGAAGGAGGCAGGGGAAUUCAUGACUGUCUUCCCCUUCUCUCAUCCAUCUGGACUCUAGUGGGCAUCCUGGGCCUCCAGACCCCCUUGUCUUGGGUAUUGGAGCCCAGACAGCCACUCAGCUUAGACACUAAGAGAUGUAGAGACCUCGGGGAGCCCCAACUUCUCACCCCACCCUUGGGGGGGGAGAGCCAGACUUCCCAGAAGAAUCAGGCCCCAGGACAGUCUCUGAGCUCCUCAAAGGUAUAUCUCUGCUCUUGGGUAUGGUUUGGGGGCUAGGGACCUGCCCUCAGUGUGGGGGCUUCCUGAGGAUAGAGACAGCCCUUCCAAUAGAUCUUCAUUCCUCACACCUCCAAAUGCUCAGGAGAGGACCCCAUCCUUGGGAAGCGCUGACACAAAGAGGAGCCUUUUCUAGGGCUGGCAGAGGGGCAGCAUAUAGGCAAGGGAGGUUUGGGCCAAACAGGCCUUUUCCAGGUGUUUGCCCAGCUUCCAUCCCCCAUCCCCAUUCAUGGGAGCAAUCCAGAGAGGGGGGAAGUCCCUAUCCCAGCCCCCAGCCCAUGACCUGGGCCACAAGCUGUCUCCAGCCUCAUUCUCAGUUCUACCAAGAUCCUCAAAAAGCUAUUAAGUCCAAGGAUGGUAAGAACUCAGGAAUGACCCAAGAAACCAAGAUUUGCCUUCAGUGCCUCUGAAGGACUCCUAGGUCUCAAUUGGUUUGCUAAUAUUUACAAGCUGCUGUAAACAUACUCUCCCCAUGACUUGGGGUCCUACCUGGAUCUCGGCUUCCCCAGCUAUAAAAUGGGCAUAGUCCUCCCCCAGGGCCUGCUGUGAAAACAAGAGAUUGGAAAAUGUUUUUGGAAGUUAAAAUGCUUAAAAAACAAACAAUAAAUGAUGAUUAUUGUAGCUGUUACUGUAA